AUUGCUUCGAAAUUUGUUAAAUUGAAAUGUCCGGCACCGGAAGUUGUCCAAGCGAUGCUUCACCGCAGCGAGAAAGCACUCAGUUCCGAGAUGCUUCACUGGCCGAUUGUCAGCAGGGGUGGGGCCUUCGAUGCACCGGAGAAUUCUCUAGCAGCCAUUAACCAUUGCCUGAAACAGAAAUGUUACAAUAUUUUAUUGGAUUUAAGCAUUACUAGCGAUGGCCAUUUGGUCAUAAUUCAUCGCUCGACCCUCGAGAAAGCCAACAUCAACGAACCCAUUCACAAGCUAAACCUGAGUACUCUCGAAGCGCUCAAUAUUGCCGAAAAUCAUCCCCUAGGCCAACACUUUCAUUCGGAGAAGGUCAUUACUUUCGAGCGUCUGCUGAAGCUGUUGGAAACAAACGAGAUGACGGUAUUUCUGCUGGCGUCCCAAACAACAACCAAAAUGAUCGAGCUGCUGCGCGAAAGCAUCGGCCUCAACGCGAUGCUCAGCAAAAGAAUCGUGUUUUGCUGCUCCUCACCGAUUUCGAUCUACCAGCUGCGUCAGCACUGCCCGGAGCUCGUUUGUGGUCUGUGGAUGGACAAAUCGGCGAUGUCCCGGGCUCAGCAAUACCUCAGUGCUUCGACGAUCAUCAUGUCAAUCUACGGAGCCGUAUUCCGGAACAUCAUUGCCCCCGUGAUUGGCAUCAGUUUGGUCUUCAUUCAUAAGGACGAAUUUAACGCGCAAAUUUCAACGCUCUGGCACAACGUGGGAGUGCGGCCUAUAGUUUACACAAUCAAUUCCCCGAACGAAAAGCGCUAUUUCCAGCAAGUGACGAAGACCCAGUACCUAACGGAUUCUCUCCGCUCGGAACCGCAGAUUAUUUUCCGGGGCAAGCGCCAGUGAAUUGGGCGAAUUUUAAGUACUACAAUCAUCGAUACAAGUCCGCUUUAAAUGCAUUUAUUCUCAGUUGCAAUACAAUACAUGGAUGUGGAGCCAUACCAUUCAAGAUUUCCGUCGUAAGGCAGCCAGCACCUUUUUACAGUUUCGAGUAGACACCGAGUGUAGCAUUUGUAGUUCUAGAGGCCAUUGCAAUUUUUGCAUAUUUAUUCAACGUUAAAUGUAUUUUGAAUAUUUGAGUUCCUUUUGUUUUAAUUUGUAGUAUUGUUCAGUUUUAUGGUUUAUUUAUUAUCGAGCUAAAUAUAUUUCAAAAGGUAGCUAAGAAAUAAUCGUUCAAUCUUACGAGCAGAUACUGAUCUCGCAGAAGAAACCCGAUGAUCACGAUAAACAUUUCACAAUCGAAUAUAUGAAUAAUCAUUUACCGAUAUUUAUACGAUAACGACGAUUUGUCACUGGCAAAUCAGCUGUAGAUGUUUUCUUUGCUUUAAAAAUGGAGAAACAAGGAAUGCUCAGAACUUUUGUUUUGUAUCAAAAUAAAGAAAUAAAUUGAAUAA